ACCACAAUAUAACCAUGAACUCUCGCGUGUUCGUCGCUCUCCUCCUGUGCGGCCUCUGGGCCUCCUCCGAGUCUCUCAUCCUCUUGGGAACCACCGCCGCAGCCGGGACCAUCGCCGCUACCACUGUCACUGCUUCUGCAGCGGCAGCUUUGGGCGUGGGCGCCCUGGCAGUGCUCAAGGGAGUUCUUAUCGGGAAGCAUCUCAAGCGCCGUUACAGGAGGGACGUCGAUUCUAUGGAGAUCGACGAUGAAGUUGAGGUGGCCGUCGCCAAGGAACUGGAUUCGGCCGGCUGCAUCGCCAAGUUGCUGUGCGAGAUCGAGGCGACGCCGCCGACAGCCUCACCCCAUCCAUGUCCACCUUCAAGACGGCCUUCGAGAAUCCCGACAACCUCAAGUCCUCCCGCAUCGAGUACGACCAGGCCAUCGCCCUCGCCAAGGACGACCCCAAGGCGUGCAGCGUCCGAUUCGACAACACGCCUGAGCAAUACAUUACGAAUACAAUUGCCUUACAGUGUGACCAGCAUAUACCACCACCAAACAGGAACUGUUCAGCACACGGCGCAUGCAUUCGCGGAUUCAAAACAAGCGUUUUCGAUCAGGUCCGUCACCCGCCUGCCUCCGUCCACUCGCUAUAAAUAUCGCGCUCUGCCAGGAACCAACAUCACACUCGUCCUCUCACUGCUCCAGAACACAAGCAGCGGGACCAUCGCCGCUACCACUGUCACUGCUUCUGCAGCGGCAGCUUUGGGCGUGGGCGCCCUGGCAGUGCUCAAGGGAGUUCUUAUCGGGAAGCAUCUGAAGCGCCGUUACAGGAGGGACGUCGAUUCCAUGGAGGAGGACGUUGCAACAGAAAUUGCUGUGGCCCAGAAGAUGGACUCUGCUGGUUGCGUGGCCAAGCUCUUGUGCGAAAUCGAGGCCAUGUCCGCUGACCAGCUCACGCCAGCCAUGUCCACCUUCAAGACCGCCUUCGACAACAACAGCAACCUCAAGGGAUCCCGAGGCGUCUACGACCUGGCCAUCACCUUCGGCUCCAAGUUCGCCAAGAAAGACGCCAAGGCCUGCAGCGCCCUCUUCGACAAGUGCGUCCUCUCCAGGGACGAUCUCUCCUUCAUGCUGGAUUCCACCUUCUCAUGCUAGUCAUGAGCACCGCAUUCUUACACUAAGCACCUCACAAUCACACCAUCACCAAGCAUACACGCAGGCAGACUGAGUGGAUCGGAGUCGUCACUGUGACCGAAGGUAGCUUUCAGACUGUCACUGACUGGACCUGAGAGUCACAGUGAAUAUCUGCAGUGUUCAUAACGCUAUUCAUUCUUGCUCACCAUCAAGUGAAAUAAAUCAUA